CGAGGGGGAGGGAGGGAGGGAGAGAGGUGGGGCUUUUAGGAGGGUCACCAAAAUAACAAAAGCAAAUCGGAAGGUGUGUGUGUAUAUGUGUGUUUGUGUUUUUGUGAGAAGGAGGAGGAGGGUGAGGGUGGUCCGGGGCCUCGCUUGUUUACCCAGAGGAGAAGGAGCCGGGGAGCCUGGAAACCGCCGGUGUCCCAUUUCCUCCCUCCGUGGCGCGCGCGUGUGGAUGUGAGUGUGGGGUUCCCCCUCCUCUGCCCUCCCCUCCUCCCUCUUCGCUUCGCUUCGCCCGCCUCGGGUUCUCCAUGUUGGACCCGAUCUGAGGAGCGACUCCCGUUUGCAUGCUUGUAGAUUGGAAGGAGGAGCGGAGGCCACCCUCCUCCAUUGCAUUGUGCCCCCCUUCCUUUCCCCCCUCCCUCCCUUUUCCUCCUCCUCCUCCUCCGGAGCCUGGGAUCCCCUGGGUCUGCGGGGGAUUGUUAGAUGGAAAGCCGGUCCAUCAUCACCCAAGUGCAGAGGGACGACGCCGCCUUGGUGCUCGCCAAGCAAGUCUUGGUGUCCAAAUCCUCCCCAAAGAAGCCUCGUGGCCGGAACAUCUUCAAGGCUCUCUUCUGUUGCCUCAGAGCACAGGAUGUUGGGCAGCCAGCCCUUGGCGGCGGAGAACAUGGGUCACAAAAGGAGGAGACCAACACCAUUGCCAAGUCUGAUCUGUUGCAGUGUCUUCAGUACCAGUUUUACCAGAUUCCUGGGACGUGCCUUCUCCCUGACGUGACUCAACAAGACCAGGGCCGGAUCUGCGUGGUGAUCGAUCUGGAUGAGACCUUAGUACAUAGCUCCUUCAAGCCUAUCAACAAUGCCGACUUCAUAGUGCCUGUUGAAAUAGAGGGAACGACCCAUCAGGUCUAUGUGCUGAAGAGGCCAUUUGUCGAUGAGUUCCUGAGGCGGAUGGGGGAGCUGUUUGAGUGCGUGCUCUUCACUGCCAGUUUGGCUAAGUACGCUGAUCCAGUAACUGACCUGUUGGACAAGUGUGGAGUCUUCCGAACCCGCCUCUUCCGGGAGUCAUGCGUGUUUCACCAGGGCUGUUACGUUAAGGACCUCAGCCGUUUGGGUCGUGAUCUACGCAAAACCCUCAUUCUGGACAAUUCUCCUGCCUCCUACAUCUUCCAUCCAGAGAAUGCGGUGCCAGUCCAGUCUUGGUUUGACGACAUGGCGGACACUGAGCUGCUGAACUUGAUCCCGAUCUUUGAGGAGCUGAGUGAGGCAGAGGACGUUUAUACCAGCCUCGGUCAACUGAGGGCGCCUUAAAGCCCUCCUAGCACUAUGCCCAAAGGGGAACUUUUUCACUCAGUGCCUUCAGUAUUGGCCAGGAGGAAGGGAGGGGAACUGCACAUGCGUUACUCAUGACCCUCCCACAGGGCAGAUGCAAGCACUUUGAGGGCAAUAACCUGCCUUGGCCACCCAUUAGGUUGCGCCAGAGCAGCUUCCAACCAGGGUAUGGCCAGAAGCCGGAGCCUCUGGCCUUUCCACCCAAAUGCAGGGACAUCCAAGAUCGACACCCCCUCCCCAUUAGGGCUCAUAUCUAUGCACUGCAGGAACUUAGGCAGCAUCAAAAGGGACAGUGCCAUUUCUUCCCCUCGUCACACCACGAGGGCUCAACAUUGUCUCAGCCCCGCUGCAAGAUGAUGAUUCUCUGUGGAUGUUCUCCAUGCAGCUCAGACAGCCUUCCCCCUUGGCAACCUAAAACAAUGCCAAAUGUGUUGUUUGGCAUUUAUUUUCUUUUUAAAAGGUAUUUUCCUCUUUCUACCCCUAUUUUUGGAUGUUUCUGAGAGCGCAGCUUUAUCUAGUCCUGGGCAAUACAGCCCUGGGGCCAAGGAGAGGCUUCCAUGGUGGGAACCUCCCCUGAUAUCUCAAAUAUUCCCCUCUGUCCUAUCCAGGCAGAAUUUGCAUGGGAUAAACUUUUCCUUGCCUUUUGUAUCUGACUGGAAAGAAAAGAUGGCGGAGGGAGACUUUAGCUCAGCAGCUUUAUGCAGCUUCCUUUGUCCUGCUCAUGCAACACUUCUCCUUGAAAGAAACCAAGCCUGUGCAUUCAGGGGGCUUGGUCUCUAAUUUUCCUGGGCUUACAAGAAGCCAUGUUUUAUACCUUGCCUUGUGUCUGAAUUAUGCCCACAAGGUGAAAGAUAAGACCCAGAGGAAGACAAGACCUCUCAACCCCCCCUCUAAUAUUAGUAGCAUAGCAUAGUUAAGGAUUAAGAUUAAAAUAGUUAACCUACCUGGUUCCCUCAUACUCCAUAAGGGUUUAAAAAUGGCAUUAUAGAUAAUCACAUGAUCCUGAAUUCAGGCCUAACAUUGUUUGGGGAGGGGGCAGAACUAAAUAGAACUAGUUUAAAGCAACAUUUCUUGCCUUAGACAUUUGCCUUGUUAUUGCACACUCUCUGCCCUCACUGAGAGCGUCUGCUAGCCAGAAGGGUAGGAGGACAUGACUUUUGCCCGCUAGUGUCUUACCUCCCUUGAUGGUGGCCAGGCAACCAAGAAACCACCCAAGCAACUCAGGACUCAUUUUAGGGCCCAUCAUUGAAAACUUGAAAACCUAGCUCUUUGGGUGGCCUCAGGGAAUCAUGGACUAGCAUACUAGAAGCCGGGGCAGCAAGUAGAGAGGGGCACAUUUGUUUCACACAUGCGCACAGUCUGUUUGCUCCAUGCUGUAUUUUCGGGGAAGGAAGGAGAACUGUCAUUCCUGCCAAGUGACUGUGCCUCUUUCUUGUUCAGCUCUCUCUGGGUUGGGCCUCUGUUUAGCAGUGUGGCCAACCCACUUCUUUCACUACACGCUCCCUCAGCCUUGCAGGUGGUGCCAGUCAGCUCUCAGAAACCAAAUGUAUACAGGGGUUUUUGUAACUAUUUAUAUACACAGGGAGCUGCCUGCUAGAGUCACCUGUUCUCCCUUUUCCCUUCCUCCAUGGCAUGGUACACUUCCCUUCAAGUCAUGUCUUCACAUGCUGUGAAUAGGUGCUUUCAAAGUGCCAUGGGGUGGGAGACAACCAAAUGUUUCAACUGACAGCCAGCUUGCUUUUCUCCCUUUCCCUCCUGUAAGCAAUAUACUGCAAGUGACUUCAUGUGUAGCUGAUGUGUGGUGGGAGAGGUGCAGAGAUCCUUCAGGGCUCUUGUGUUUUCUGUCUGUUCAUUUAUGUAGUUCUGGUGCUGCCUCACACUUUGAUCUGAGUGCUGGGUUGAGGGUUAUCUUAACCCAGCACUCAGAUCAAAGUGUGGAAGCUCAAAAGGACCAAAGCUUCAAAGACUUGAUGUCAGCUUGAGUGAGCAGGCAAAUCGUUGCUUCCCCCCCCCCCUUUUUUUUUAAGUGUGUGAAUUGGCUAAUACUUGACCUGCAAGUAUGAGUAUGUAUGUGCCUGCAGUCGAGGCCUCAUCUUUGUGGACUAUUUGUGUUUGAGAGAUGUCACCUUCUCUCAUUUCUCUCCCUCUUCUUUGUAUAAGACCCUGCCCUCUCUUUGCCUGAGUUGCUAAUGGCCCAUCUCUCCAUUGGCAAGGAUAUGUUGGGAACAGGUUGCCAACUUGUCAGAGGAGAGGGAUUCCCUUUUCUCCCCAUAUUGUUCAGUCUGCCCUUUUUGCAGCCACAGCCUUAAACGAUUCAAGGUUAAUGAAUGCUGGAAAGAACAAAAGCUCUUUGUCACUCCUUCCUGGUUGAAUCUUUGCUCUCAGCUUCUAUCUUUGCCCUUUAUCAGCUGGGAAGAAAUGACACAUAUGCACCAAACAUCCUGCAUGCAUCUAUCCUGGCCCUAUCUUCAGACAUAAAGGUAGCUCUUGACAACUCCACUUGAUUGAAAACACCCCUGGCAAUGACACUCCUUUUUUAUUCAUGUAAGCAAACAAAUGGUGCUCUACACUUAAUUCAGAAUUGCUUGUUUCUUAUUACCCCAAAGAUUGGGCUGUGAUGAGAUUGAGAUUACUAGUUCCCCCACAAAAUACAUGGCAGGACCUGUAUGGGACUUCCUUCCUCUGAAGGAGACCAGCCAGUGAGCAACUAGAAUACUCCCCCAGUUUGAUGAAAUAUAUAUGAAAGUGAUGUUUACUAGAUGGAUCUUGUCAAAUAAUGAGUGGAAGUUGGAAGGAAGAGGGGAAUUAGUUGCUUACAUGGAGGUACUUGCCCUAUUCCCACUCUGAGGGUAAGACCAAUGUAGCCUUCAAUAGCCAUAUUGUUGCCUGGGCUCAAAUUGCCAAUGUUGGGAUUGUGCCUUGAUCAAACCCAGCUGGCGAUGAGGGUCAAAUGCCAACCAAGAAGUGGUUCUAGCACUUAAUUGGGCUGUGCCUUUCCCUACCUAUAUCAUCCAUGGAUGCCACCACACAAAGAGACAUUUGCUGUACUUCUUGAAUUCAGUUGUGUUUGGGAGUUCCUGUUUCAUAUGGGGAAUGGUAGCUGGUGCUUUUGAGUUAGGGCCCUGAACGCUCCCUUUUUCUCCCCACCUCAACAAAGUGUAACAAACAAACAUCAAUUGCGUUGUCGAAGGCUUUCAUGGCCAGAAUCACAGGGUUGUUGUAUGUCUUUCGGGCUGUGUGGCCAUGUUCCAGAACCUCACAUGUAUCCAUACCUCACAACCUCUGAGGAUGCCUGCCAUAGAUGUGGGCGAAACGUCAGGAGAGAAUGCUUCUGGAACAUGGCCACACAGCCCGAAAGACAUACAACAACCCCAAACAUCAAUUGCCUUUGUCACAUGUCCUCACUUGCUGUUGUUUGAUUUUUGUUUUAAUUGAGGAAAAAAAUCCCAAAACUUGAAGCCGGCCUUGUUGCCGUUUCGAUCUCUUUCUAUUUUUGAAAUCUUUGUAUUAACUGCAAUUAAAAACAUUUUUUAAAGAGA